GAGCUGUCCCGGGUAAACGUUACGCGCUCCGCUCAAACCAAGCCAUGAAACUUUAAUGGUUCCACUGGUUCCGUGCUGUGUGUGCUCUGAAUUUGAAAAUGGAACAGGUUUAAUUACUCGGAUUUAUAACUCUGUGGUAGCGGCAUGUGGAGGUGAUGACGGUCCGUGCAGAGCGCGGCAUGUCCCGCUGACAUGGCGGCCAGCCGCUCCGCACUCCUUACGUUGGCAGCUCUCACAGCACUCGCCGGGUGUUGUGUGUGCGCGCCGCAAGGCAGCGUGCAGGGCGGCGUACAGGGCGGCGCGCAGGUGCCUCCCGUGUCACACUCCACUGCGCCGCCUGGUGUCGGCGGCGUCCGCAGAUUCAGUCAAUAUACCAGGGGGCGUGGGUACCGAGACUGGCGCACUCGAGGGGACCCCACUCUUAUCAACUCACUGUGGCGCAGUCGGCAGCCAUUAGGCAUAAGGAAGCAGCUGGGGAACGCAGAAGUAUAUAUUGUGUUGGCGCUGCUGAUCGGCGUCGUGACUGUGGUGGUGGGGUGCUGGCUGUCAGACAACUGCUGGUCUCCGGAGCCGGAGGAUCUGCUGGCGGGCGGCUGACCAGUGACGGCGGGCGCGUGCACGCACGUGUAGCGCCCGCCGUCCGCGGAGCUCAGCCCCGCCGGCCAGGGUUCAUUGUCGCCAGUGCUGCCAAAUGCGCCGCCGUCCGCGCCCGCCUUACUCUGCGCAGCGCGACAUCUCUGCCAGCAGUCUUGUCUCCGCCUCCCCUGUGAAACUAGACGGCCGUUCUGACAGAAUGGUAAACAUGUGCCGAACGGUGCGAUAAGACGUUAAAUUUUUACGUGAUAUAGACUAUGAACAUGAGCUUCUUCAUUGUGUGAACGUCGUUUGUCAGAGACUCGUGUGAGGAAGUCAUCUAUAUCUCUUAGACUCACUUCUAGCGGUCGCUCCAUUUUAAAUCACUAAUUUUUACCACUGCUCUCAUUUCUAAAUGUAUGUGCCUUGAAAUGCUUUCCUCGAUUCAAUCUUAGACUAGAGCCUUUUUUGAACCCUUUAGAUGGAAUUUCUUCUCUCGUUUCGUAUGAAGUUUCCAUACGAUAAGUGCAACACACAUCAUUACCGUGCCUUUACCGUUCUUUAGACUAUGUAAGGGACGUAAUUAACAAUAGGUUUUUAAUACGCUUACCCGAACGGAAGGCAACAUCAUCCCGAUUAUUGUCAUUGAUUAUUGAGUUUUUGGUAGAAGACGCUCAUCAUUUUUAUAGAGGAAUGAGUUAGGACCAAUGUCUUUCUCGAAACGCGUCAAUUGGGUAACGAUCAUAAUAGGAUAGUAUUAAACAUUGUGAGACAACGAUACGGUAACAUUUAAUGUAGAAUUUUGAUAAAUAUUUUGGCAGUUUGUAAAUACCUACCUUUACACGAUGAAAAUGAGAAAUGCAAAUCAGGUAUACCAAACUAGUUAAUAAUUCGAUAAUAUAUUUGUGUCAUUAUUUUAUCAUACGAGUGUAAUUUAUGUGAUGCGAGAACGAUGGCUAAAAAUAAUGUAAGACAUCUAACGAUUCGCAUCAAUCGUGUAUUAAAAUUAUAUGUACAGACUUUUAACUAAUUACGCUAUUCUUUAGACAUGUCUCGCUAAUUCUCAUCGAUUAUAAUUCUGUUUAUAAAUUCAUCUCAAAAUUGGUUUUGAAAAAGAAAAAUAAUUUUCAAUAACUUGAAAAAAAUACUCAAAUAUUUGUUUAUUACGUAAACAGAUAAAUAUUAAUGUGAUGAAAUAUUAAUAAUCGACAAAACUAAAGGAUAAUCGACAUUUAAAAAAAUAUAUAAAUCAUUUGUGACAUUUGAAUGCAGACUAAUAUUGAUUUUCGAUUCUCCAUUGUGAAUUCGAUAUGAAUGUAACAACAGCCAAAGGGACUACUAUUCUAUAUAAACUCACAAAAUAAAUAAGUAAUAGUAAUUUAAUUUCCGUAAAAUGAAACGUAAAAGAAAAUAACAAGCAGAGAAGGAAAUUAAAGCAGUGGGUGGAAACUACAAUGAGAUGCAUUAUAUUCGGGUUCAUUGAUAAGGUCCUUUUAAAGGUCAGUGAUAAAGGCAUCACUGACAUUUAAAAGUCAAGGGUGAAGGCGGAAUAAACAACAUGUCCCCUUAGCCUUUAAUACCUAGACAUAUAACCGAAUUUAUUUCAGACAUUCGAGUUACGGGAACCGCGCUGUGUUUGCUUUGCAAAUUUGAGAAAUGAAAUUCGUGCAGCGUGUAUGGAGAGAUUACUACUCCCAGUGUAAAAUUGCAAUAUUUUACGUAUUGCAAUUCAAGAUACAAAGUUUGGUACUAGCCAACAUUUCAAACUGGACGGUCAGUAACUCUAAAAGGCUUUCUACCUUCGAAAACUAUUAUAAACAAAAUUUUACACAAUCUUUUAUUCCGAGUACAUAAAUGUUAAGGCAAAAUGAUUAUAUUGGUUAAAAAAGUACAUAUGCACUUACAUCGAUGCCUAAAAUCUUUGUUAUUUGUAUAUAUAUAAUAGCUUCGAUGUGGAUAUAAAUAAAAAUAGGUCAAAGCCGAUGAUAUAAAUAAAGAAGUGUUAAAAAUACCAACAAUUGAUAAUAAUGCAAUUUUAUACGAGACCAAGCAACGUCACAGGGGAAGCUAUAAAAGGAUCACUCGCUUCGAAGCAGACACAUUCAACAAAUAUAGCUUUCUAUUUCCAACGGAGACAGAAGCCUCCAGUAAUGCACACCUUUUUAAAGUGGAAUAGAGAAUUCAUUUUUUUUGUCUACGCCUAAACCAACCCGUAAUAACUUAUCAGUUUUAUAAUAAUAAUAAAAAUGUUAUUUAUCCUCGACAAAACUAAUUUUAUAACUUGUCUCUUUGGUCUUUAUUUUUUCUAAUAACAAAGUGAAAUUUAUGAUUUAUAAAUUUUUUUAUACAUUUCGAGUGCAUUAUGUAUUUGAAUCUUUCAAAAUCGUAUAAACCUGUCUAACUCUAGUUCCUUCUUUCACGUGACAUUCAAAACUUCCGCCUGGUUCAUACAGAAACAGCGUUUAAUUUUUUCAAUGGUAAAUAUUUAUAGUGAUUUUUGAUAAAAUAAAUUAGCUUAUAAAUAGAUUUUAGAUUGUUUAAUAUGUGUUUAAUGUUGUUCUUAUUUGUAUUCAAUGUUGUAGAUGUAUGAUUGUUUGUGUUGUUUUAAAUAGCUGUAAAUUUUAUUGUGAAGAUAUUGAAGUAUGUUAUUAUACCGACUAAUCUUCUUUGUACCUUCUUCAUUGUAUGUGACAUUGGUGGUGUGAUAUUUCUACCAUAUUUUUUAAUGAACUGUAGGCGUUUACGUUGAAUUUAAUAACAAAUGUGUUUUACUAUAUGUCCAUAGAAUGUGUAGUGGACAAGCAUUCACAAUGAUCAAAAUUAAAUUUCAUUGUUUUUUUCUUUUGGAAAGGAUGAAACUUAUCAACUGCAUAUGAUAUUCAAUCACAAGUUCUGUGGCUUAAAUAAGAACGCUAUCACAGGUUUUCUAUUGUUUUAGAAUCAAUAGUUUCUUGUCAUAAACUUUUAAGAAUACUAUAUAACCUAACCUAACCUACCGUCCAAAGAAACGGUUACACAUACACAAAUUUCUCAU